GUUGCCGCCGCGGCCUGUGAGGCAGUAACUCCUCUCCGCCCCAGCCCCCUUCCUCCUCCUUUCUCUCCUCUCCCUCCCUCCCCUCCCCGCCCCUCGCAGUCUCUCGCUCGAGUGAAUGUGGCGCGGUGGCGCGGGACGCAGCCUCGGCCCCUGCCGCGGCCCCGCGAGCUCGUGAGGAGACGAAGCCGCCGCCUGCCCCCACCCCCUGCGCUUCUCGGGGGAGCUACCGCCGCCGGGGAAGAAGAACGAGGAGGGGAGCGUGGGGACGGCGGCGGGGAAACGGGAGAGGGAGGAGAAGAGGGCUCGAGGGCGAGAAGGGAAAGCGGGGAGGGACGGACGGAAGGACGGACGGCCCGACGGACGGCCCGGGGAGGGGGCCGCCAUCGAGCCUGUCCGGCCCCUCGGCUCUAGCUCGGGGCGGCCGCGGCGGCGGCGCAGGCGAAGGGCGCGGCAGGCGCUAUCGAGACAAUAACCCCGCCGCCCGGCUCCGGGGGCGGCGGCGAGAAGGAGGUGGCGGCCUAGCGCGGCCGAGGCUCGCCCAGCACCCCGGCGGUGUCUUCGCCCCCCGCCGGCCAGGUUCGGCCGCCGUCGGGUGUCGGGGCGCGCGGGUCGCCCGGAGUCCCAGGCUGGCAGCUGACGCCCCCUGCCCUCCCCCUCCCCGGCGCGCGUGGAGCUGGUUUUCCGGGUUCCCCUGGACCGAGUUGGAUCCUGCUGCUCGCCACGGCAGGAAGUGAGUUUCGCACGGUAAUUCCGGGCGGUGUCACGAGUGAAAAGUUUUUGUUUUUCGGCGGAGAUCCUAGUUGGGUCUGGGAAACUCCUGCAAAACUCGAGACCAGGAAACCAGUCUGCGUCCCAGCCCCCACCAAAGCCACCUACUCUUCCUACUGCGGGAGGCCACUUCACAUCCGCUCUCACCAGAGAGAGAAAUUCGGCUGGAUCCGAAGUGACUAAUGAAGGGAAGGAAAUCAUGUCAGGCGAAGCCUUGAAAAAGCGGCCCUGAGACACUGCCCGACCGAAAGAAUGUUGGCUCAAUUAAGAAACAUCAGGGAGAUAAAUUCAACCCAGUGUGUCUAAAAAUGACUACAAAACGAAGUUUGUUUGUGCGGUUGGUACCAUGUCGUUGUCUACGAGGAGAAGAGGAGACCGUCACUACUCUUGAUUAUUCUCAUUGCAGUUUGGAACAGGUUCCCAAAGAGAUUUUUACUUUUGAAAAAACUCUGGAGGAGCUCUACUUAGAUGCUAAUCAGAUUGAAGAGCUUCCAAAGCAACUUUUUAACUGUCAGUCUCUACACAAACUGAGUUUGCCAGAUAAUGAUUUAACAACAUUACCAGCAUCUAUUGCAAAUCUCAUUAAUCUCAGGGAACUGGAUGUCAGCAAGAAUGGGAUACAGGAGUUUCCAGAAAAUAUAAAAAAUUGUAAAGUUUUGACAGUUGUGGAGGCCAGUGUAAAUCCUAUUUCCAAGCUUCCUGAUGGAUUUUCUCAGCUGUUAAACCUAACCCAGUUAUAUCUGAAUGACGCUUUCCUAGAGUUCUUGCCAGCUAAUUUUGGCAGAUUAACUAAACUCCAGAUAUUAGAACUUAGAGAAAACCAGUUGAAAAUGUUGCCAAAAACCAUGAAUAGACUGACCCAGCUGGAAAGACUGGAUUUGGGAAGUAAUGAAUUCACAGAAGUGCCUGAAGUACUUGAGCAGCUAAGUGGAUUGAAAGAAUUUUGGAUGGAUGGUAAUAGACUGACUUUUAUUCCAGGGUUUAUCGGUAGCUUGAAACAGCUCACAUAUUUGGAUGUUUCUAAAAAUAAUAUUGAAAUGGUUGAAGAAGGAAUUUCAGCAUGUGAAAACCUUCAAGACCUCCUAUUAUCAAGUAAUUCACUUCAACAACUGCCUGAGACUAUUGGUUCAUUGAAGAAUGUAACAACUCUUAAAAUAGAUGAAAAUCAGUUAAUGUAUCUACCAGACUCUGUAGGAGGGUUAGUGUCAAUAGAAGAACUGGAUUGUAGCUUCAAUGAACUUGAAGCUUUGCCUUCAUCUAUUGGGCAGCUUACUAAUAUAAGAACGUUUGCUGCAGAUCAUAAUUACUUACAACAGUUACCCCCAGAGAUUGGAAGCUGGAAAAAUAUAACUGUGCUGUUUCUCCAUUCCAAUAAACUUGAGACACUUCCAGAGGAAAUGGGUGAUAUGCAAAAAUUAAAAGUCAUUAAUUUGAGUGACAAUAGAUUAAAGAAUUUGCCCUUUAGCUUUACAAAGUUACAGCAAUUGACUGCUAUGUGGCUCUCAGAUAAUCAGUCCAAACCCCUGAUACCUCUUCAAAAAGAGACUGAUUCAGAGACCCAGAAAAUGGUGCUUACUAACUACAUGUUCCCUCAGCAACCAAGGACUGAGGAUGUUAUGUUCAUAUCAGAUAAUGAAAGUUUUAAUCCUUCAUUGUGGGAGGAACAGAGAAAACAGCGGGCUCAAGUGGCAUUUGAAUGUGAUGAAGACAAAGAUGAAAGGGAAGCACCUCCUAGAGAGGGAAAUUUAAAGAGAUAUCCAACACCAUACCCAGAUGAGCUUAAGAAUAUGGUUAAAACUGUUCAAACCAUUGUACAUAGAUUAAAAGAUGAAGAGACUAAUGAAGACUCUGGAAAAGAUUUGAAACCACAUGAAGAUCAGCAAGUUGUAAAUAAUGAUGUGGGUGUGAAGACUUCAGAAAGUACUACUCCAGUAAGAAGCAAAGCUGAUGAAAGAGAAAAGUAUAUGAUAGGAAACUCUAUACCGAAGACCAGUGAACCUGAAGCUGAGGUCAGUCCUGGGAAUCCACCAGUGACUGCAAAUAUGAAAGCCUCUGAGAACUUGAAGCAUAUUGUUAAUCAUGAUGAUGUUUUUGAGGAAUCUGAAGAACUUUCUUCUGAUGAAGAGAUGAAAAUGGCAGAGAUGCGACCACCAUUAAUUGAAACCUCUAUUAACCAGCCCAAAGUGGUAGCACUUAGUAAUAACAAAAAAGAUGAUACAAAGGAUACAGAUUCUUUAUCAGAUGAAGUUACACACAAUAGCAAUCAGAAUAACAGCAACUGUUCUUCUCCAUCUCGGAUGUCUGAUUCAGUUUCUCUUAAUACUGAUAGUAGUCAAGAUACCUCACUCUGCUCUCCAGUGAAACAAACGCAUAUUGGUAUUAAUUCCAAAAUCAGGCAAGAAGAUGAAAAUUUUAACAGCCUUUUACAAAAUGGAGAUAUUUUAAAUCAUUCAACAGAGGAAAAAACCGAGGUUCCUGAUAAAAAAGAUUUUAACUUACCUGAAUAUGAUUUGAAUAUUGAAGAGCGAUUAGUUCUUAUUGAAAAAGGUGUUGACUCAACAACCACAUCUGAUGAAUCUCACAAAUUAGACCAUAUCAAUAUGAAUCUUAAUAAACUUGUAACUAAUGAUACAUUUCAACCAGAGAUAGUGGAAAGAUCAAAGACAGAGGAUACAGUGCUUGAAACAGACUUUUUCAGCAAUAAUGCCAAAGGAGAGGCUGAGCACUUGGAUAAUGGAAACAAGUAUCCUACUCUUGAAUGCAUAAAUAAGGUAAAUGGACGUUCUGAGGAAACUCCACAGUCUCCUAGGAGGACUGAACCACAUGACACCAGUUCUUCUGUUGAUGCGGGUCUUUCCAAAAGCACUGAAGAUCUCUCCCCUCAGAGAAGUGGGCCAAUUGGAUCUGUUGUGAAAUCUCAUAGCAUAACUAAUAUGGAGACUGGCAGGCUAAAAAUCUAUGACAUUCUUAGUGAUAAUGGACCUCAGCAGCCAAGUGCAACAGUUAAAGUAACAUCUACUAUUGAUGGAAAAAAUAUAGUCAGGAGCAAGUCAGCUACGCUUUUGUAUGAUCAACCAUUGCAAGUAUUUACUGGUUCUUCUUCAUCUUCUGAUUUAAUAGCAGGUACAAAGGCAAUUUUCAAGUUUGAUUCAAAUCAUAAUCCUGAAGAACCAAAUAUGAUAAGAGGCCCCACAACAAGUGGCCCACAGUCCACGCCUCAAAUAUAUGGUCCUCCACAGUAUAAUAUCCAGUACAGUAGCAGUGCUACAGUCAAGGACACUUUGUGGCACUCCAAACAAAAUCCCCAAGUAGACCAUGUCAAUUUUCCUCCGCAGCGCUUUCCUAGAUCAGAGAGUACAGAAAAUCACAGUUAUGCUAAACAUUCUGCCAAUAUGAAUUUCUCUAAUCAUAACAAUGUUCGAGCUAAUACUGGAUACCAUUUACAUCAGAGACUUGGUCCAGGAAGACAUGGGGAAAUGUGGGCCAUCUCACCAAAUGACCGACUCAUUCCUGGAUCAUCACGAACUACGAUUCAGCGACAGAGUAGUGUGUCCUCUACAGCCUCUGUAAAUCUUGGUGAGCCAGGUCCCACAAGGCGGGCCCAAGUUCCUGAAGGAGAUUAUUUAUCAUGCAGAGAGUUACAUUCAGUGGGAAGAACUCCUCCAAUAAUGUCAGGAUCACAGAGACCUCUUUCUGCGCGAACAUACAGCAUUGAUGGUCCAAAUGCAUCAAGGCCUCAGAGUGCUCGACCCUCUUUUAGUGAAAUACCAGAGAGAACUAUGUCAGUUAGUGAUUUCAAUUAUUCACGGACUAGUCCUUCAAAAAGAACAAAUGCAAGGGUUGGUUCUGAACAUUCAUUAUUAGAUCCUCCAGGAAAAAGUAAAGUUCCUCACGAUUGGCGAGAACAAGUACUACGACACAUUGAGGCCAAAAAGUUAGAAAAGCAUCCCCAGACAUCCUGUGCAGGAGAUCCUUGUCAAGAUGAUAUAUUCAUUUCAGGACAGCAGAACUACCCGUCAGCUACACUUAGUCACAAAGAUGUUCUUCCAGACAGCUUGAUGAAAAUGCCUUUGAGUAAUGGACAGAUGGGCCAGCCUCUCAGGCCUCAGGCAAAUUAUAGUCAAAUACAUCACCCCCUUCCUCAGGCAUCUGUGGCAAGGCAUCCCUCUAGAGAACAACUAAUUGAUUACUUGAUGCUGAAAGUGGCCCACCAGCCUCCAUACACACAGCCCCAUUGUUCUCCUAGACAAGGCCAUGAACUGGCAAGGCAAGAGAUUCGAGUGAGAGUUGACAAGGAUCCAGAACUUGGAUUUAGCAUAUCAGGAGGGGUUGGGGGAAGAGGAAACCCAUUCAGACCUGAUGAUGAUGGUAUAUUUGUAACAAGGGUACAGCCUGAAGGACCAGCAUCAAAAUUAUUGCAACCAGGUGAUAAAAUUAUUCAGGCUAAUGGCUACAGUUUUAUCAAUAUUGAACAUGGACAAGCAGUGUCCUUGCUAAAAACUUUCCAGAACACAGUAGAACUCAUCAUUGUACGAGAGGUUUCCUCAUAAGAGCUGUGGACUAAAAAAUGGAGAGACAGCAAGAUUUAUUGGAAGAUACUUGCAGGGGAAAUUAAUAUUUUGACUAUUUUUAUAUAUAAAGAACUCAAAUAUGUUCAAAUUUGUACAUUAAUGAGAUAAUGGAAUUUGUGGUUAGAGGGAAAGAACCACUGUACAGUAUAUAGGGGAGACUGUUGAAUUCAUACCAUAUAAAACUUUAGGUUUUUAAACAUAGCAGUCAAGGCUACAAAAACAAAUGUAUGUUGUUUUUGUAUAGAGUGUAGGUUUAUUUUUGGAUUUCAUACACACGAUUGAACUCUGUGCAAGGCUCUAGUUAGCCUUGAUUGUAGCCCAGAGACAGAUGGCAGAGCUAUCUAUCUCAUAGCUUUUAUGCCCUUAUUUUUAUUCAACUGGUAUUAGUGUUUUUCUGCUGAAACUUUUUUUUAUGUGGGCAAGAGAUUUGAAGUGUUGGCUUUCGCUAUGUGCAUAUUGAAUUGAAGAGUGAGUAGGUGAAGGUGGUGCUGGUGGGUUCACUUUCCAAGGCCAGAUUAAAACAGUUAUUUCCUAUAAAAAUCUGGAAGCAAAGAAUGAAAAAAACAGCUGUUAAUGUGUUUUUAUUAAUAGAAUAAUGCAAUAAAAAAUGUGAUGUCUUUUUAAAGAAAUAAAAAAGACAAUAAUUGCAUUUUAUGAGCUCUUCAGGAUCUGUUCUUGUCAUAGCCAUUACUCUACAUUUGCUACUAGUGAAUCAAGUUUCAAUUUUUUAGUCACAGGAAAUUUUUAACUCUUCUGUAGAUGCAUGUCCAUGCAUUUUCUUUCCUUCUUUUUGUUUUUUUCUUUUUGGUCCAUGCAUUUUCCGUGAUGCAGAAAUUCCUUGAUUUUGUGCAAAUGGUGGUACUUGCAAUCUGUUUUAUAAUUAGUACUCCAUUUUAAUCUUAAUUUAUAAUUUUUAUUUUAAGCAACAAAUGAAAUUGAAAUGGCCAGUUUUAAGAUUGUGUUGCUGUAACACAAAAUGUAAGAAGAUUUAGGAAAGCCUCUUGAUUUUGUUUGGCCUCAACAUUGCCUUGGUAAAGUAAAAGGAAACAGUACGCAUGGAGCUAGGAAACCAAAGCAAGUUUGUGAAACUGGCACAGUGAUAGAGAAUUGCUGUGGAGAGUUGUAGAGCAAAGGGAUGGGUCCUUGAGGCCUACCAGUGUGUAAUGGUGUUCAGAUAAAGGGCUGUUCCUACAGGUAACAUUAAAUGUGAACUCGACACUUCAGAGUCUUUAAAGGGUUUCUAAGUGUAUCAGUGUAAUAGUGUUUUACCACCAACUGCCUUUGUUCCUCGUUAGUGUAACAAUUAUUUGAUAGAGGUUUAUUAAUUUUGUUCAGACCAUUAAUUUUGUUUUUGUUCUAUCUAUGUAAUCAAAUAAAAUUUGAGUGACAUGCAA